AUCUGCUCUUCACAGUCUUGCAUUAUCAUCACAAUCUUGCAAUUCUCUUCACAUUGCCCUGCAUACGUUGAACAGUAUGUUUGAUGUUAUAUCCAAGCUGCCUGCUGAGCUAUCUGCUCAGAUUUUCUCUUUCUUCAACGUGUUUGAAUUGGCAAAACUUGAACAAGUAAGCAAAUCUUGGCAAAACGUGAUACGAAAGAAUCCAACUUUAUGGAAAGAUGACGGAUUCAAAGCGCGAGAUGUGUUUGAUGUUUGUGCCCUUCAACACGAAGGUAAAUAUAAAGCUAUGCUGGAAAGAAGUCAUGGUAAAUUACACAGGAUCUUUUUGCCAGUAUAUUUAUCCUUCAAGACUCAAGGAGAAAUAGAAGAUUUACUCAAGCAUCUGAUCAAAUCCGAUGUGGAAGACUUGUGGAUCGUGAUCAGAAUGGGCAGCACUUGCCCUGAACAUCACCAACAUAAUGAGAUUGAUGAGACAACGAUAACCAGGAGCCAACUUAAUGAGGCAGUCAAAACUGUCAUACGGACUGUGGUGCGGUGUGAUCAACUGAAAAACUUGCGUCUGGUCGCAAAUCGUGGUGUGCAAGUCACUAUGCAAGACUUUGGCGAGCCUUCAAAGUGGCCUUUCGCUGCUAAUCGACUAAGAAAGCUUGCACUUCACAACAUAAAUUACGAUUGCCUUUUCCCAAACGAAGAACUCUAUCAAUGUAUUUCAAAAAUUGAGGAUAUCAAACUUAGCUUUGCUACUGGUUGUGGCUACGUUUACGAACCGGAGGAUGUUUGGCGUUUCAUUAGCACUGCAAAAGCUAGCUUGAAGAGAUGUUCUGUUAGUUUUUUGCAUUACGAUCGGAAUUCGAAUCUAGUCAACACAAAAAUGGUUGAGCAACUACUUUGUAACAGUCUUGAGGAAUUGUGUAUCGGCGCCUUACCUGAUGAAGAGAAAGACCGUAACGGUAUGUUGGACAAGCUGGAGAGAUGCAUCAAAGUGAAGAAAUGGAUCAUCUACAAAAACCUAGGCGAUGCUGAUAUCGAAGAAAUGUGUGUUCGAUUACAAAGGGCUCCAUUAGAAGAAGUGAUUUUGAUGCAAUUAGAACGCGAUUCAAUGCUUUCAGUGAAGAAAAUGGUAAAUGAUCGACUUUGUAGUGGAUCAUUCACCAAGAUUCAGAAAGCAACAAUUCGGACGGUGAGAGGAAGAUUUGACAAGGAGAUUGAAUGGUUCAAAGAACAUGUUUCAAUAGUUGAUGUAGAUUAA